UCCGAGCCACGGUUUCGAAACAAAUGGUUCGCAAAGGUUUCGAAGCUUCAUGAAAAGCGGCCAUCACUAGAAACAGUGGAGGCGCGCUCCCGCGGUGCGCUGCUAAACAUGGCUGCUCUCAGUAAGUCCAUUCCGCACAGCUGCUAUGAGAUAGGACACACAUGGAGUUCCUCAUGUACGAACUCCACCCUGCAGGUGACAGCCGGCGCUCUGGAGGUCUCCUUCAAGAUAUAUGCACCUCUGUAUCUGAUAGCAGCAAUUUUAAGAAGGAGGAAAAAGGAUUAUUACAAGAAAAGACUGAUUCCUGAGAUCCUGCAAUCUACAUCUUUCCUGACCGCAAAUGGAGGCCUCUACAUUGCAUUUUUCUGCAUUCUCCGGAAGCUGUUGGGACGUUUCUACUCCUGGUCAGCCGGCUUUGGGGCAGCACUGCCGGCCUCAUACAUCGCCAUACUAAUAGAGCGGAAAAGCAGGAGAGGACUCCUAACAAUUUACAUGGCGAACCUGGCAACAGAGACGAUUUUCCGGAUGGCUGUCACAAGGGGUCUUGUUAAGCCUAUGAAGCACGGAGAGGUGCUUCUGUUCUGCUUGACCGCAUCUCUCUACAUGUUUUUCUUCAGAUGUAAAGACGGACUGAAUGGCUUUGCAUUCUCUGCCUUAAAAUUUCUAGUUGGCAAGGAGGAGAUCCCGACACACUCUUGUCUGGCUGAGGAUGUGUACGGACCGGGUUCGGAGAGAGAUGUGCAGCCACCAGAUGAGAGACUAGAGCACACGCCUGCCUCCAGGGGCAGCGGCAUCAGAGCAUUGACACGCAAACUCCUCGACUCUAUAUGCAAACAUGGACCCAGGCAUAGAUGUUGCAAACACUAUCAAGACAACUGCAUCUCCUACUGUGUUAAAGGCUUCAUCCGAAUGUUCAGCGUGGGUUACCUCAUUCAGUGCUGUUUGAAGGUUCCAUCAGCAUUCAGACAGGCCUCUACCAAACCCUCUCGACUGCUCCGGCUGCUCUACAACAAAGAGAACUUCCAGCUAGGAGCUUUCUUGGGAUCUUUUGUCAGUAUAUACAAGGGCACAAGCUGUUUACUGAGAUGGAUGCGUAACCUGGACGACGAGCUCCACGCUCUCAUAGCAGGUUUUCUUGCUGGCACCUCAAUGUUCUUUUACAAGAGCACCACCAUCUCCAUGUACCUCUUCUCCAAACUAGUGGAGACAUUGUAUUUCAAAGGGAUCGAGGCAGGCAAGUUUCCGUACUUCCCUGAGGCCGACACGGUAAUCUAUGCCAUCUCCACUGCCAUCUGUUUUCAAGCGGCGGUUAUGGAAGUGCAGAAUCUGAGACCAUCGUACUGGAAGUUUCUACUGCGGUUGACGAAGGGCAGGUUUGCUCUGAUGAACAGAAAAGUGCUCGAUGUUUUUGGGACAGAGGCUUCCAAACAGUUCGGUGACUUCACACCUAAACUUGACCCCAGAUACAUGCUGUGCCCCAUUGAUGUGGACGUGCAGCUGGGCUGACGGGGCCUUGGCUAUCUGCGGCAUGAAGGCACGGAAAGCUCUCGCGCUCAGUCUCUCUCUCAUACAUUCUCUCGCCCUGGCACUCUAUGUCAAUUAAAUGUGAAGUGAAAAUGUGAAGCCAGUUAUAUAUUUACGUUGAUGUGGAUCUGACACAUUUUGCAGUGUAAUUACCGCAGGAAAGAUGUGACCUUUUGUGUACGCUCUAUAUCCGCAUCAGCUUGUCUGAAGAUGAUUUGAAGUGGGUUGCUUGUCGGAUUUUCAAGGACCGAAUGACAGAGCAGGAAUGUGUUCAUGCCAACUCAGCAAAUCCUGGACUGCUUGGGAUCUGACCUGUGACCUCUGUUUCACAGUCUGCAGCGUUAACUAAUCAGCUUUGAGACUAUUAAUAUGAAACUAUUUAAUUUUUCUUUUUUUAAAUCCAGGUAGGAAAGUACCUUUGUUUACAGAAGGUGAUGCUGGAUUAUUUUUGGUCAUUGUCAUUUCAUAUCCUACCAAAAACGAUCAAAUCAGUAAUCAACUGUCUGCCAUAGUCAGGAUAUGCAGGUUAAGCCAUGCAAAAAGACUUUACUGACAUCAGGGUUGUGUAUGAUCUCUUCUAUGUCUUUUAGUGUACAAAAAUGAAUAUAUUGAGACCGUUUCAAGUACAGGUUUUAUGCAAAGUUAUUAGUACAGAACUAAACAUUUAUUACCCACCUUUUAUUGCAGAUUUAAUAGUGACAGAUUUUGUUUCAGGAGAGAAAAGCAGAUUAAAACUCAUCCUAUGGACUUUCUUCGAUGUUUGUAUAAAAGCGAAAGCUUUAUAUUAAACAAAUUCUGACAAAAUAAGCUUUUGAGAGUGUUCAAUUAAAUUGCAUCUCAUGUUA